CAACUACCCGGUAUUGGUAAAAUAACUACUAAUUUCAUCAUUAUAGCAUCCUUCACUCAGUCAUUGUGCUUAGUAAAUCCCACUUCAAAUUACACUUUUCAAACUCCUACCAUGGCAGCAGAACUUGUCGGUGGUGCUCUUCUUUCCGCUUUUCUUCAGGUUGCAUUCGACAGGUUGGCUUCUCCUCAAUUCGUAGACUUCUUCCGUGGAAGAAAACUUGAUGAGAAGUUGCUGGGCAACUUGAAUAUCAUGCUGCAUUCUAUCAAUGCUCUCGCUCAUGAUGCAGAACAGAAGCAGUUCACAGAUCCACACGUUAAAGCAUGGCUUUUUUCUGUCAAAGAGGCUGUUUUUGACGCAGAGGAUCUCUUGGCUGAAAUAGAUUAUGAACUCACUAGAUGCCAAGUGGAAGCUGAAUCCGAACCUAAAACCUUUACUCACAAGGUAUCAAAUUUCUUCAACUCUAGUUUCAAUUCCUUUAACAAGAAAAUUGAAUCAGAAAUGAAAGAACUCCUAGAAAAACUAGAAUAUCUUNCAAAGCAAAAGGGUGCUCUUGGUUUGAAAGAGGGUACUUAUUCUGGUGACAGGUCAGGUGAUAAAAUGUCACAGAAAUUGCCAUCAUCUUCUUUGAUGGUUGAAAGUGUUAUUUAUGGUAGAGAUGCCGACAAAGAAAUGAUCUUUAAUUGGCUGACAUCUGAGACCGACAAUCAAAACCUAUCCAUACUUUCCAUAGUGGGCAUGGGUGGAUUGGGUAAGACCACACUCGCCCAGCAUGUAUACAAUGACCAAAAAAUCGAGACUAAAUUUGAUAUAAGAGCUUGGGUGUGUGUUUCCGAUCAUUUUGAUAUUUUGACAGUGACAAAAACAAUUCUUGAGGCAAUUACAAAAUCUAAAGAUGACAGCGGAAACCUAGAAAUGGUUCAUGGAAGAUUGAAAGAAAAAGUAUCGGGAAAGAAAUUUCUUCUGGUUUUGGAUGAUAUUUGGAGCGAAAGGCGAGAAGAAUGGGAAGCUGUGCAAACUCCUCUAAGCUAUGGGGCUCCAGGAAGUAGAAUUCUUGUCACAACACGUGUUGAGAAAGUUGCUUCUAACAUGAGAUCUAAAGUGCAUCGCCUAAAGCAGUUAGAAGAAGAUGAAUGCUGGAAAGUUUUUGAAGAGCAAGCUCUAAAAGGUGAUGAUAUUGAAUUGAAUGAUGAUAAAAAGGAGAUUGGUAGAAGGAUAGUUGAGAAGUGCAAAGGAUUACCUCUUGCUUUGAAAACAAUUGGAAGUCUUCUCUGCACAAAGUCAUCCCUUUCAGAUUGGAAAAACGUAUUGAAAAGCGACAUAUGGGACUUGCCGAAAGAAGUCGAAAUUAUUCCUGCUCUACUAUUGAGUUAUCAGCACCUUCCUUCUAAUCUCAAGAGGUGCUUUGCUUAUUGUGCAUUAUUUCCGAAAAAUUAUGAGUUUGACAAAGACGAAUUAAUUUUGUUGUGGAUGGCUGAAGGUUUUCUCCAUUACUCUCCGCAGAACAACAAUAUAGAAGAAAUUGGUGAACAAUAUUUUGAUGAUCUGCUAACCAGGUCUUUCUUUCUUCGGUCAAACAUCAAAAUGCAUUUCUCCAUGCAUGAUCUUCUGAAUGAUUUGGCAAAAUAUGUUUCUGCAGAAUUCUGUUUCAGGUUGAAUUUUGAUAAAGGAGAUUGUGUACCCAAAACAACCCGUCAUUUUUCAUAUGCUCUCAGCGACUUAAAUUCUUGUGAUGUAAAAUAUUUUGAUGGUUUAGGAAGUUUAAGGGAUGCUAAAAGACUGCGAUCAUUUCUUCCAAUUGUAAGUAAUUAUGGUGACGGUCUUUUUUCUCGAUUCGAGAUUUUGAUACGUGAAUUCUUCAAGUUGAAGUUUUUACGCGUCUUAUCUUUGAAUGGAUAUCAUCACUUCAAAGAGGUCCCUGAUUCUGUUGGUGAUCUUAAACAUCUCCAUUCAUUGGACCUUUCUUAUACUUGGAUACAAAGACUACCAGACUCAGUAGGUUUGCUCUAUAAUUUGCUGAUAUUGAAGUUGAAUGGUUGUUUCUAUUUGAAGGAAUUGCCUUCAAGUUUGCGUAAUCUCACCAAAUUACGUUGCUUGGAGUUUGAAGAUACAGAAGUGACAAAGAUGCCAAUGCAUUUUGAACAGGUGAAGAAUCUUCAUGUACUGAAUAUGUUUUGUGUCAGUAGAAAUAGUGAGUUCAGUAUUAAGCAGCUAGGUGGAAUCAAUCUUCAUAAAAGGCUAUCAAUUAAUGAGCUGCAAAAUAUUGACAAUCCUUUGGAUGCAUUAGAAGCAAAUUUGAAAAAAAAACAGCUUGUGCGACUAAAGUUAAUAUGGAAUUUGAAUCACAUCCCCGAUGAUCCAAUGAAAGAGAAGAAAGUGCUUGAGAAUCUACAACCUUCUAAUCAGUUGGAACAUCUUUCAAUCAGGAGCUAUUGUGGUACACAAUUCCCAAGUUGGGUAUUUGAUAAUUCGUUAUCAAAUUUGGUAUCCUUAGAGUUAGAGGAUUGUAAAUAUUGCUUAUAUUUACCUCCCCUUGGAUUAUUGUCAUCUCUGAAGUCCCUGGAGAUUAAAGGACUUGAUGGAAUAGUGAGCAUUGGUGCUGAAUUUUAUGGGAGCAACUCUUCUUCAUUCAAGUCCUUGGAAAUAUUGAGAUUCUUCUACAUGAAGGAAUGGGAAGAAUGGGAAUGCAAAACUACUUCUUUUCCACGUCUUCGACGUCUUUUUGUGGUUCAAUGUCCCAAGUUGAAAGGUUUGUCAGAGCAACUUCUUCAUUUAGAACAACUAUAUAUUGAGUCAUGUCCUAACCUCAUCAUUAGCGAACACAUCAAAGACACAUUAGCACUUGAACUCUUGACAAUUAUUCGUGGUUGUAACUCUCUUACAAUCUUUCAACUAAAUUUCUUUCCAAUGCUCCGUUUUCUUCAUCUCCAAGGAUGCCAAAACCUACAAAGAAUUUCACAAGAGCACCCUCAUAAUCAUCUCGAGACAAUGUCAAUUUGUGCAUGUCCUCAAUUUGAAUCAUUUCCCGGUGAAGGGUUAUCUGAAGCAUUUCCAUCUCUUACUGAACUGCGGAUAAUUAAUUGUCCAAAAGUGGAGAAGUUCCCAGAUGUAGGUUUGCCAUCAAACGUAAAACACUUGUCUCUUUCAAGUUUAAAACUUAUCACCUCCCUGCGAGAGAUUUUGAAUGUCAAUACAUGUCUUGAAAUGUUAUAUAUUGACUCUCUUGAUGUGGAGUGUUUUCCCGAUGAAGUUUUGCUGCCACCUUCUCUUACUUCUUUAAGAAUCAGUAAUUGCCGAAAUCUCAAAAAGCUAGACUACAAGCUUCUCUAUAACCUCUCAUCUCUCACACUUUCAGAAUGUCGUAACCUCCAAUUCUUACCGGAGGAGGGUCUGCCCAAAUCCAUCUCUUUUCUUGAUAUUUGGGACUGUCCAUUGCUCGAACAGCGUUGUCAGAAGCCAGAAGGCAAAGAUUGGAGAAAGAUUGCUCACAUUGAAAAUCUGGGUGUUGGGUCAUAAGAUGAAGCAGAAACUCAAAAUUAGAUGUUCAUGUGCUAACAGAAUGAAGAAGAAAUAAAGGCAUUCUAAUGAAAAUGAAAUUGGGCAGAAACAGGAGCAGGUUGCAUGUGUGUGGAUUCAGCAGCUUCUGAGUAAGCCUUCAAUUGACAUCAACAAGUCACUUAUCAAGUUCGGCAUUUUACAAGUUGUUCUUCAAUGAUUGCUCAAAACUACUCAACU